GGCAUCAGCACAUCCAUGACCGUCUGUUCACGUGACAUUAGCCGCUGCGCCGCCUGUGGUGCGUGGUUGCGUGCGAGUGUAGUUGGGGACCAACCGUGCGAUUGAUCCUGUGGUGUCAAAAAAUCAGUUCUCUAGGGUUUGAUUUUUGUAUGCCGUCCGCGUGACCGCGGCCUGUGCCCGAGUCAUUUGCAUGUCAGCCCGCGUCGACGUUGAGCGCGCGAUCUAAUUAUGAUCAAAUUAUUCUCGUUGAAACAAGCGAAAAAAGAUGGCGAGUCACCCAAGGCUGGUACCCAGAAGAAGGCGUCCGCGGCACAGCUGAGGAUCACGAAAGACAUAAACGAACUGAAUCUCCCGAAAACGUGUGGCACGGAAUUCCCAGAUCCCGACGAUUUGCUAAGCUUUAAAUUAAUCAUCUGUCCAGAUGAAGGAUUUUACAAAGGUGGUAGGUUCGUAUUUAGUUUCAAAGUCGGGCCCAAUUAUCCGCACGAGCCACCCAAGGUGAAGUGCGAGACUCAAGUUUAUCAUCCUAAUAUUGAUUUAGAUGGUAAUGUGUGCCUCAAUAUUUUACGAGAGGACUGGAAACCUGUACUCACAAUCAAUUCCAUCGUUUAUGGUCUCCAGUAUCUCUUUCUAGAACCAAAUCCUGAAGAUCCGUUAAAUAAGGAUGCAGCUGAAGUUCUACAAAACAACAGAAGGGCUUUCGAACAAAAUGUAACGAAAGCGAUGAGAGGUGGUUAUGUAGGAUCCUAUUAUUUUGAUCGGUGUCUCAAGUGAUACAGUGCCUCACCGUCAAUACUGUACACGCUUCUCCAAGGACUCACUGUAGGUGAAGAGAUCCUAAACUACGGAAUUAAUGUAGGACCACAUGGUGUCCUCAUUGUCACUUGCGUGAUAAUAUUAACAUAUUUACUUUCUUUGUGUCUUGCCAGGCCUAUAUACAUUUAAUUGGAGACAUAUUUUUUUCUUAGCAAAAAACUGGGGCGAUUUGAAUGCAUCGUUCAUUGUUUUCGAUGAAUUACCAAGAAUGUUUAUUGGCCAUGGCAUUAUUUUAGUGAAUUUGAAGUGCAGUGUUGAGGGGCUCGUAGAAUUAUAGUUUGACAUUUGGCAGAGAGAUAAUAGAUGUUACGAUGUGAUUUAAGUGUGUUCCAUACAUUUACGAUUCUGGACCCGAAAUUGGAUAGUUUUUGGAUCCUGAAUUUUUAAACUUGUUUUGCGAUUUUUAUAGAUAUCUUAAUUUAUAAAAUAUUUAUUUUCUAAGGGGCGCAAGGAGCACCUAUUUUCAUAAUAAUUCACCGUAGCAUCUAUCAAAAUCUGCUUUCAUUAAAUAUAUGUACAAGUAACUUAUGUAUUUUGACUGAGAAUGGAAUAUAAGGCUGUUACAAAACUGCAAAUAUUUCGUUUGGAUUUUCGCAAACAGCAAAUUUUUACACCCGACAGAACAGUUCUCUUUCUGAUAUAUGUAAAAAUAAUUC